AGCAUCUCUUGUUCACCUUCAGAAUUGAGGAAGGGUAAAAAAGAGCAUUCCGGAAAUCUGGAAUGACCAGAAAAGAAUAUAGCUGGGCUUUGAAUCUCAUUCUCGACUCCAGUGUGGAGAAUUUAGAUGGGAGAAGCAGGUUCGCAAGUCGAAUUGUGACAUGAUAUGACUAAUGUGGCAUUCUCUAGUGCAACGUAUGUUUCGUGCUGUACCAAGGUCAUCAGCAUUUUUCAAGUGGAAGGAAAGAAGUAAGGUCAUUCCCCAGCAAUUCUGCUCUUGAUUCCCUCACAAGAUAGGAAUCAUCUUUUGGAGUUUUGUCGAAGUGAAUACAAAAGCAAGAAGGAGCAUCUUCAGCUUUUCCACUCUUCUCGCUACUUCUUUUUAAAGCGCGCAAACCAGGAAUGGGUUCUUUUCUGUCUGUUGUCGCUGUCUAUAUUCAUCUCCUCCCUUCAAAAGCUUCCCUGAGAGUUUAACUUGUUGCUGAGAUCUCUGGACCAGUACCAUCGGAUUAUCCCGAUAUCUACUUUCAGAAACCGUGCGAUCAACCAAGAAUUUAUGUCGUCUUCGGCGAGGGAGAAUGCAAGAGCAACAGGAGAGGCCUCUUGCCGGGGAAUAGUCCGCCGGAUGGUCAAUCUACCUCGGGCCAUUGUCGGCGAGUUCUCGAGGGCAAUGAAUCACAGCAUGGAUUUAAUGCGAAUCGGCAACAGAAGGCACCAACAUAUCCCCUUCAACUACCCACCGCAACAUCCACAAGAGCUCAUAGUUCCCCAAGAUCACGAGUGGGCAUUCUUGACAGUCUUCGAACGGCAAUACAGCUCCAUGCACCCCUUCUUCUACGCAUGCCGGCUCGCGGAAGCGCUCAAAAUUGCAGAAGCCGAUCGGAAAUUCUUGUUCCUAUACUUGCACGCACCAGAUCACCCCUUCACACCCUCCUUCUGUAGAGAGACUCUGUGCUCGGAGAUGGUCGUGCAGUUCCUCGACUCGAAUUUCGUUAGCUGGGGAGGACUUGCCGACAGUGGAGAGGGGUUGCAAACGGCCAUGUUGUUGCAUCCCCAGAGCUUCCCGUUCUGCGCACUUAUCGCUCCAGCUCCCGGCGAUAGCAUUGCAGUUCUACAACAGAUAGAAGGUCCGAUUUCCCCAUCGGAGCUGGUUGACAUUCUCCAGAGGACGGUGGAAGAGCAAGGGUCGGCCUUUGGCGGUGCGAGGGCGAAGCAAGAAGAAAAGAUAAAAGCCGAUCGACGGCUAAGAGAAGAACAAGAUGCUGCGUAUUUUGCUGCUCUAGAGAUGGACAAGGAGAAGGAAAGAGGGAAGUCUUCAGGAGGAGCAGGACCCAAGGUUCACAAGUUGAAGGACGUUCCGCGUAAAGAAGAUUACGAGAAAUUACAGAAGAUUCCUUCCAAUAAGCAGUACGAUAAACCAAAAGAGGCUUCAGUCGCGAGCAGACAGUUGCAAAUCAAGGGAAAAGCUAGUCAAGGAGUAGAUCAACAGGUGACUCAGAUACUAAUUCGCUUCCCCAGCGGCGAUAGAAGAGAACACAGCUUCUUGUGCACAGACAAGAUCGAAUCAAUCUACAGAUACGUCGACUCCUUAGGCCUCCCGGGCAUCACGAAUUACCGACUGGUGUCGAGCUUUCCGAGAAAGACGUACGGCGUGGAUCAGUUGGGAAUGACGCUGAAAGAUGCUGGUCUCUAUCCUAGAGCAAGCCUCUUCCUUGAGCCCCUUUAAAAUUCAAUCUCAGUAAAAUGGUCCAGGCUUAUUCUACUGACUUAUGCGGUGCACAAACACCACGGACUUAUUAUUUAUAUAUACUGUCGCUGAAUAUUUCAACUGAA